AUGAACCCUCCCAGUCACCCCUCGCCCGCGAGCCACAGGCUCCGGUCCCGGUCGCGCAUCGGCGCGAAUGCCACCACCGUCACCCUGAUGUCGCACGCCCCCGGGCUGGGCCCCGGCAGCCCGGCCACUCCGCCGGUGGCGUCCAGCCCCUCGCCGGCGGAGGCCCGCAGCCCGCGCCCCGAGCAGAAUGGUCUGCUUUCCUCGCUGGUCAACCGCCUGGGCUUCCUGGUGCAGGGCCUCCAGGUGCCGACCGACGGGGCCGACGAGGUGCUGACGCCGUCCAUGUCGAUGGAUCUGCAUCUGGAGCCGGCCCUCUAUGUCGGGGCCGAUGGCCCGGCCGAGGCGAUGGGCCCGAGCACCGCGGAUUACGACCCGCAAGUGAUCCUGAUCACCGGCGGGGCUGGCUUCAUUGGCUCGAACAUGGUUGGCUACCUCGCCCGCAAGUAUGAAGGAACCGGCCGCCGCGUGAUUUGCCUCGACCGGAUGGAUUACUGCGCAUGCCCGUACUCCCUGCGUGAGCUGCAGGGGCUUCAGUGUUUGAAGAUCAUCCAAGCCUGCAUCACGGACUUGCCACUCAUGCGCAAGAUCAUCGAGGAGGAGCGCGUGGACACGGUCAUCCACUUUGCGGCUCAAUCACACGUCGAUAACUCCUUCGAGAGUUCGCUCUCGUUCACCCGGGACAAUGUCAUCGGCACUCACGCGCUGCUGGAGGCCAGCCGCCUGGCUCCGGCCGGACAGAUGCGGCGGUUUAUCCAUGUGAGCACGGACGAGGUGUAUGGCCCGGCACCGCUCGGGCAAGCCUUCAAGGAGACCGACCCAAUGGCACCCACCAACCCCUAUGCCGCAACCAAGGGCCGCGUGCGAGAACAAGAGCGGGGCAUAUAG